AUGUUGUUUUAUAGAAGUCCAGAACAAAGAGAAAUUGAUGAGGUAGAUAAGGAAAAUCUAAACCGAAGUAUAACCGAAUAUGAAAAUACCACUACGCAUUCACAAGGAGACUACGAAGUUGUAGCAACAGUGCCUGAACGAAAAGACUUUCCUAGAUUACGCCCGCUUUCCGUAGAACAGUGGAGAGGUCAUUUGAAUAAUGAAGGCAAAAUUGAAGACGUAGAAUCAGUUAAGACCCUCAUAUUUCGUGGAGUAAGUAUAUUUUUGUUUUUAAUGUUUUAA